CGUCCGCCCCCAGUCUCCUCCCCUCGGCCGCUGACCGCUCUCUCGCGGCGGCCGGCGGGGCAUGCCAGCCGCGUCCCGCUGCAUGGCGCUGCUCCGGGCGCUGCUCGGGGCGCUGCUCCUCCCGAUGCCAGGAGUGUGGUGCUUUAGCGAACUGUUCUUUGUGAGAGAGCCUCAAGAUGUGACUGCCUCCAGGAAGGAUGCGGUGGUGUUAGACUGCCAGGCCCGUGGGGAAGCUCCUAUAACUAUUACGUGGUUGAAAAACGGAGGCAAAGUGUCUGAAAAUGAAAGGAUCUACACCUUAUCCAAUGGCUCUUUAUACAUCAGUGAGGUGGAAGGAAGGAAAGGAGAGCAGUCUGAUGAAGGAUUUUACCAGUGCUUGGCUCUGAACAAGUAUGGAGCCAUUCUCAGUCAAAAAAGUCACCUUACGCUAGCAACCAUUUCUGCUUUUGAAGUUCAGCCACUUUCAACUGAGGUUCAGGAAGGUGGAGUAGCUCGAUUUACCUGUAAAAUAGCAGCAAACCCUCCUGCUGUUGUGACGUGGGAAGUGAAUCGAACAACUUUGCCUUUAUCUAUGGACAGGAUAACUGCUCUACCUACAGGAGUUCUUCAGAUCUAUGGUGUUGAACAGAAGGAUGCAGGAAAUUACCGAUGUGUUGCCACAACAAUAAGCAGCAGACGUAAGAGCACUGAAGCAACACUGAAUGUUAUUCCAGCUUCAGACUUAAAGCCUUUUCACAAACCAGCCAUAAUAGCUGGUCCUCAAAAUGUUACAGCAUCUCUUCAUCAAACCGUCGUACUGGAGUGUGUAGCCACAGGGAAUCCAAAGCCAAUCAUCUCAUGGAGCCGGUUAGACCAUAAGUCCAUCGAUGUCUUCAAUACCCGUGUCCUUGGAAAUGGGAACCUCAUAAUCUCUGAUGUGAAGGUGCAGCAUGCAGGCGUAUAUGUCUGUCGAGCCACUAUUCCAGGCACACGAAACUUCACAGUAGCAAUGGCAACUCUCACUGUGCUGGCUCCUCCUUCAUUUGUGGAAUGGCCGGAGAGUUUAACAAGGCCUAGAGCUGGUACUGCUCGCUUUGCCUGUCAGGCAGAAGGAAUUCCUGCCCCCAAAAUUUCAUGGUUGAAAAAUGGAAGGAGAAUACACUCCAAUGGUAGAAUUAAAAUGUACAACAGUAAAUUGGUGAUUAACCAGAUCAUCCCUGAAGAUGAUGCCAUUUAUCAGUGCAUGGCUGAGAAUAGUCAGGGAUCUGUGCUCUCCAGAGCCAGGCUUACUGUAGUUAUGUCGGAAGACAGACCCAGUGCACCUUAUAACGUCCAUGCUGAAACGAUGUCAAGCUCAGCGAUCCUGCUAGCAUGGGAAAGGCCACUCUAUAAUUCAGAGAAAGUGAUUGCAUAUUCUGUGCAUUACAUGAAAGCAGAAGGUUUAAACAAUGAAGAGUACCAAGUGGUCAUCGGAAAUGAUACAACUCAUUACAUUAUUGAUGAUUUGGAGCCAGCCAGCAACUAUACCUUCUAUAUUGUAGCUUACAUGCCUCUUGGAGCCAGUCAGAUGUCAGAUCACGUGACUCAGCACACCCUUGAAGAUGUUCCCUUGAGAGCUCCUGAAAUUAGUUUGACAAGCCGGAGUCCUACAGAUAUUCUUAUCUCUUGGUUGCCAAUUCCUGCAAAAUACAGGAGAGGCCAGGUGGUUCUGUAUCGUCUGUCUUUCCGCCUCAGCACAGAUAGCAAAAUCCAAGUCUUGGAGCUCCCAGGGACUUCAGAUGAGUACCUCCUUGAAGGGCUGCGGCCUGACAGUGUCUACUUGGUUCGUAUUACUGCUGCAACAAGGAUUGGCUGGGGAGAGGCAUCUUUGUGGACCUCCCACCGAACUCCAAAAGCUACAAGUGUGAAAGCACCAAGAUCUCCUGAGCUGCGUUUGGAACCAAUAAAUUGUACAACCAUUACAGUUCAGUGGCAGCAGGACUCUGAUGACACUGCAGCUAUUCAAGGGUACAAGUUGUAUUAUAAGGAAGAAGGCCAGCAGGAAAAUGGACCGAUUUUGUUGGAUGCCGGUGAUCUUGAGUAUACUGUCAGUGGUUUAGAUCCUAGAAGAAAGUAUCAUGUAAGGCUGCUGGCAUAUAACAAUAUGGAAGAGGGUUAUCAAGCAGACCAAACAGUCAGCACUCCAGGAUGUGUCUCUGUCCGUGAUCGCAUGGUGCCACCACCGCCACCCCCUCACCAUCUCUAUGCUAAAGCUAACACUUCAUCUUCUAUCUACCUUCACUGGGGAAAACCUGCCUUUACAUCUGCACAGGUCAUUAAUUACACAAUCCGCUGCAACCCAGUAGGACUGCAGAAUGCAUCUCUGGUUCUGUACCUUCAAACGUCGGAGACUCACAUGUUAGUUCAAGGCCUUGAACCAAAGACCAUGUAUGAAUUUGCAGUUCGGUUGCACGUGGACCAGCUCUCUAGUCCCUGGAGUCCAGUAGUCUAUCAUACUACCCUUCCAGAAGCACCAUCUGGCCCUCCAGUAGGAGUGAAGGUGACUUUGAUAGAAGAUGAUACAGCUUUGGUUUCCUGGAAGCCACCUGAUGGUCCUGAAACAGUUGUUACACGAUACACUAUCUUAUAUGCAUCCAGGAAGUCUUGGAUUGCUGGGGAAUGGCAAGUGUUGCACAGAGAAGGAGCAAUGACUAUGGCUUUGCUGGAAAAUCUUGUAGCAGGAAAUGUCUACUUGGUUAAAAUAGCAGCCUCCAAUGAAGUGGGAGAAGGACCCUUCUCAAAUGUGGUGGAACUUGCUGUCCUGCCAAAGGAGACAUCAGAGUCUAAUCAGAGACCUAAACGCUUGGAUUCAGCAGAUUCCACGGCUUAUUCUGACUAUUACCAUCUGGACCAAAAAUCGAUGACUGGCAUUGUUGUUGGGGUUUGCAUAGCCCUGACCUGCAUCCUUAUCUGCAUCCUGAUCUUAAUUUAUCGCAGUAAAGCCAGGAAAACAUCUGCUCCUAAACCUGUGCAGCAAAGCACUGAUCGGCUGUCACAUACCAACAUCUCAUUAGCCAGUGCUAAUGAGGUGGAGAAGAGCAUUGAAGGAAUGGCAGAGAACACAGAAUCCUUGCUGCCAAUGAUAGUGGGAAACAGCUUCGUUGAUGCUAAGGGAGGAUCCGAUCUUAUUAUUAACAGCUAUGGGCCUGUCACAAAGGCCAACUGCAAGAAGAGGUGGCUUUUCUUCCAGGAUACUAAGAAGAUGAAGACAGAGGAGCCUCAGAGAAGAUUUGCCCAGGCAGUGUGUCUUUAUCAGCCAGGUACUACUGUGCUGAUAAGUGAGGAUGACUCCCCCAGCUCUCCUGGCCAGCAUUCAAACUUCCAGGUGCCAUUCAGUAUUGCUGCUGAUACAGAGCAUUCAGCCAACAGCGAAGGAAGUCAUGAGACUGGUGACUCUGGAAGAUUUUCACAUGAGUCCAAUGAUGAGAUACACCUCUCCUCUGUGACAAGUGCCACUCCUUGUGCUACCAGUCCUUUUGUAAGCAGUGACUUGGGUAAGAACGUGAUGAAUUCUACCGUAAGUAACAGCAAAGAAUCACCCCUGCUGUUUGCUGCUGACCAGCCUGCUACCUCACCUCUUCAGAUCCACUCUGCAGUGCAAAACUCACACCCUUAGGACCACAUCAGACAUUCUUGCAGUGUAUGUCUGUUCGAAGGACAAUGAACAGGGAGCCAAAGUUAUAUUGUGGAAAGCCUGACUAACUCAACAGGUGAUCCUGUAUUUCUGUUGAAUGGGUUUUGUUGUUUUUUGUUUAACUCAUUCCUUUUGAAUGUUCGAUGGUCAACAAAUGUGAAAGGACAGAGAAGAUUUCUGACUAGAGUUGAAAUUAUGUCACUGGAGCAAAGGGAAGUCUUUUGGCUCUUUUGCUGACUAUCUACCUCAGUUUGCCGAGAGGUGAACUCUGAAAUACAACUGCUUCACCUCGUUUGUGUUCUAUUUGAUCCCAGCUGUGGAACUGAUGAUACUUCCUAGUAGUGUUUUAUUUUAGGUUUCUUUUUUUUCCAGUUGCGUAUAGAAUGCGUGCGUUUGUGUGCGUGUAUGCUCAGUAACCAGGGAGUUGUAUAGGUAGAUGAACAAGAUUGUUUAGCUGAAGCUCUGCCUUUAAAAAGAAGGAUAUCUCAGAAUAGAAGAUGUAAUGUUCUAAUGUGGCUGAUCUAAACAAUGUUCAAAAACUGCAGAAAUUGGAGUUGGUACUUCCGUUUGAACAGCCACGUGAAAUCUUUUGUACCUCUUGAUUUCCAUUAGCUCCAGGAAGCCUACGACAGUGCCUUUCCCCAGAAACUUGUGCCAACGACUGCUGACAGGAUGUACCCUUAGGGCUCUAGGGCACAUUGAGUUCCCCACUCAAAUGUGGACAAAUGCUAUCAAUUUAUUGACAAUUAACGCUAAAAAGCAUGGCAAAAUGAAGAAGUAUUCAGUAUUUCCAAGCAGUUUGACUCUGCCUAAGAGACAUGGAACAGAUGAUAAUGCUGAGUACUCUGGUAUUGCAGUACUUCUUAGCAGUGGUGCCUUGCAUUAUAUAUAAUGAAAUGACUGAUUUGCCUUAUGCCUUUUUAGUAUUUAUGAAGUUGCUUUGGAUUUUGGAAAGAUGCCUUAAAUGCUUCUUAGAUGUUAUAAGUAAACUGCAUCAUGAGCUCAUAGUUCAUUUUUUACUCAGCUUUGAAUGCUGAGAAGCCCUGCUAGCAUCAUCGUAUGCCUCAGAGCUGUUUUUGGGAUGCAACCCUGAUCCUUGCCUUUGCUUAGUAUGCUGUUAGCCAGGAAUUUUAGCUCAGGGAGUGACAUAAGCCUAUCUAAAACUCUACCAUGAGAAAUAAAAAGCCAGAGCUUUAGUUGAAGAGUCUGUUGAAGGACACAAGUAGUGCUACUGCCUUGAACCCAUACAAUUCCUGUUUGAUACUACCUCUUUUAAAAGUUAUUCUAGUGUGUUGUGGUGUUUGUUUGUUUGUUUGUUUGUUUGUUUUUCCUGUACUCAGGGAACAGUUUGUUACUUUGAGCUGCCUCAUGAAAAUGUGGAGCAAACUGACAGGGUAUCGUGUUUUAUUUCUUAAUGGGGGUGGGAGGAGGAGAGAGAGAGGGAGGAGGUUGGAUUCAUCCAAUGUUAUAAACUUGCCUAUAUAACUAUCCAGUCCUCUUCUCUGCUUUCCUCGUUUUACUUUAAAAAAAAAAAAAAAAAAAAAAAGUUUAAAAUGUAAUAUUGUGAGAAAGCAACCAUGGGAGCUUCUGGCUCCAUUUAAGUCUGGUGGAACUCCUCUGGUAGGCCGGGCUGACUUUGGUAUUGUUCUGUAUGUAUCAAAAGGUGGUCAGAAAGUCAUCAGUAAGCCCUGCUGUUCUGUACUUCUUUUCACAAAUCAUCCUGUAGUUACUGUAGUUCUUAAACUUGUAACUGUUUGCUAGUUCAGAAUCAGAAAGUACCUGUUCACCUUUUCAUAACCAUUUGACUUAAAGGCUUUUAAAUAAUCUUGUACCAAAGAAUUUUCCGUAGAAGAAAAGGAAGCUGCAUAUUUUCCUAUAAUAAUUGAACUAGUUAAAAGCUAUAGGUUUGAAGAGCUGAAUACAUUUUAUUGUAUAAGUAGUUACUAACAAGAAAAAAACCAACAGUAGGGCUUCCACUAAUUGUAGUAGUUGAUUGCAUAGACGAGUUGUAUGUUUUUACAGUUUUAACUACCUUGUUGUUACAAGAGCCUUUAAAGAAAAUUAUAAUAAUACCAGCAGAUACUUCCAAAGACUUCCAAGUGUAAUUUUUUUCUUCAGCAUGUAGUUGAUCAACAAUACAGUAUUAAAAAUAUAUAUAUUUUCGAACAGAUUUUUUCUACUUGCUGAAGAAAAAGAAAACCUUUUCACCAAAGAUUUAUUUUUUAUCUCAUCAGGCAGAAUGUUUAGUGUAGAGCAGAGUACUGUUUCUAGUUAGGUAAAGUGUGAAUUAACUGAAACUAGAUUAAGAAUGUGUAAUUGUAGCAUGAAGUUUCACACUUCAUCUUUCAGAGUAGCCUCUUUUGUUAGUUUCAUUCAGAAAGAGCUGAUAUGCAGAUGGUAACUAUUUGCUUCUCCAAAGAUUUGUUUGCUGUAAGUACUGAUAAUUUGUUGUAAUUUUAUGACCUUCAUUACAGGCAGAUACUUUAAAUUCUAAACUUUUUCGUCCAAAAACUUGUUCUGUAGUUUAAUCCAUGGGGAAUUUGAGAGAAAUAGGCUUCAUAUAAAAUUUGUCAGUCUAAUAUAAAAGUCAGUAGCCAAAGAGAUUAAAAUAUCUGAUUUACUAGAGUGCAGAGCAUCCAGAAUUCUAAUAAACAUUUGUGUUUUUUGGUGUUUUUUUUUGUUUUUUUUUUUUUUUAAAUUAAGGUACUUUUUAUCAGCAAAUAAAGAAAACCAAAGAUAUUUAAGGUUACCUCAGCAUAUAGGCAAGCUUAGUUAGACAUUAAUUAUUCUUCUACUUUAUUUUUAUGUUAACCAAAUAUAAGAAAAUUCUCCAGAACUCAGUCUGCAUUCACAUACUUCCCUUUACUGUGUCACAUUUACUAAGAAUUUGCAAAUUGACUACAGAGCAAAAAAAGUCUUCUCAAAAUUUCUCAAAAGACGUUCUAUCAUUAAUUACUGCAUUUUGCAAGAGAAUAGUUGUCUCAGUGUGAAGCAGAGAGAACUCUAGAACAAUUGCAUAGAAAUCUAUACUUCCUCUACUGAACUGAGGAAGUAGCAGAAUUCUCUGUGAUUUUAACUGUGCAAAAUCAGUCUCAGCAUUUAAAUGCUCUGUAUCCUUGAAGCCAAACUAUGUAAUAUUAGACAUCAACUUGCCAAAAAGUUUAUACUCGUUACAGUCUAAGGAAAUGAGUUUUUCAUAGAGUUAUUAAUUCCAUUUACGUACGAGGAACUGGCAGAACAAAGCAGACAAAACAAGUUACAGAUUUUCCAGAAAUUUUUCUUGCUUAUGUGUGUAGAAACUGAGUUCUGGAGAAAACACUAUCAUUUUUUAAUUUUGAAUUAAUUAUGUUCUGAAAGAUGAACAUAAAUGUGGAAUUUAGUGUUACACUGUGUGAAUUGAUUCUGUUGAAGUGUAUUGAGAAGUAAAGAGCCAUGGCUGGUGUAAUGAGUGUAUAUGCAACCUUUGUACUUUUCAAACAAAUGAAAAAUGUUACGGUUGAUGUGGCUUGAAAAGCGUCAAAAACAUGGAGAGAAAAUCUGAGAGUGGUUUACCAUGCUGUGUUUUCAAGUGAGGACAGUGAUUGCCCUUCUACUGUUACAGCAGUGCCUGCUCUGCAGGACCCGCAUUCAAACCUAAAUGCUCCAGCUGCCCACAGUCACACUUGUGUACUUUCUUCGUGCUAUACCAAGAACUUUCUAUCUAGGAAAACUGGGAAUGUGUAUGUUGUGCAGAUUUUUGGCCUGUAAGUAGCAUUUUUUUCUUAAAGCUCUGCUUUUGUAAGAGAAAUUUGAAAAAUCUACAUAUCAUUUUAAUAAUUUCUUAUAUUGGCUGUGCACUUUCAGUGUAAUUGGAUUGUAGCAGAAAGGAGUUGUGAGAAAUUUCUGUAAUUUUCAUUAUAUUUAAUACUUCCUUCCCUCUUUAGUUUCAUUCCCUUGCCAUGGAGCUUAUCCACAUGAGAGUCCUCACCCUCUGUCUGUUUAAGUCAGUGGGAGAAUUAAAUUUGAUUUCAGUUUGUAUGAUUAACAAAAACAGCUGCUUUUUUUUUUUUUUUUUUUUUUAGAUAUUCACAAUACUAUUGUUAAUAUUUUUAAAGGAAGGAAUUCUUACCAAAAAUUGGCUUUUUUUUUUUUAUAGGACAGCAAGUUACCGUAUACCAGUGGCCCACUGUAGCUCUCCAUACAUGCAGUGUUAGCCUUUAGUGAAGAGUGAGUACUUUGAGUCAAUUUAACUCUUACAUUGCAAGCUAGGCCAACUUGAAAGACUUUGCAUUUGCUGCAACCUGAGUAUACACAAGAACAGUUACCACGGAUCACCGAUCUGAGUAACAUGUUACUGUGAGCAGAAAUCAAAGCUACGAGACCAGAGCUCUCACUCAUUUUGUUACUGAAUGAAGUUUAGGCAGGGAAAAGUCCAUCUCCUAACGUGGGGAGCAUUGCUUGGUUCUGUAGGGUAUUCCAUGUUUAGCACCAAAUGAAAAGAGAGCUGUACAAGUGUAAUUUUGGCUGUAUUCUGACAAACCAAUUUACUGAGUGUUAAAACUGAAAGCUGAACUGCACCUAAUGAUUGUUAAAAGACGUAGUUCUUAGCUUGAACAAUUGCUGCACACUUCUUGGUUGCUGACAAUGCAGCCUUGCUAAUAUCAGAUAAUUUUUAAAGCAGAGGAAUUUGUCUGCAGGAAACAUUGAUCACCUUUCACUAAAAACUAGUUAAAACUCUACUAUUUUUGUAACUGUAUCUUUUGGAACCUGUGUUUACAAAAAAAUAUUUUCUUUCAAAGAGAGUCCAGAAUGAAGUUGCUUGCUGUUAAUGAGAAGCCCAUCUGGAAGAUACACAAAUUCAAUUUGGCUCAAAUUCUGCUCAGUUCUCCACACUGCAGAGUAGGGUUAUUUCUUUGGGAUUUCUCUAGUGUUACACCAAGGCUGGUCCUGAAUUGUUCAAAAAGGGUAUAAACACGUGGCUAAAAUUCUGCUGUGGUGGAACGCUCCAAGCUGAGUUCCUGGAGAUUUUUAGCUUUCCAAGGUUACAUAUACCUACAUUGCAUCUGUCUGGUUUGUUUUCAUAAAGACUGACUGUAUGUGAAAAACGUAUACAAAAUAUUGCUUUUUGGUUGUUUGGCUUCUUUGUUGUUGUUGUGUUUUUGUGUUUGGUUUUUGUUUUUGGUUGUGUUUUCUUUUUUUCAUCCAAGUUGUAAUGAAUUGCCAGUGUAGGAGCCAGGUAUGUAUCUCACAUUGUGGUGUUCUGGAUCCUUUCACUCCGUGUGCCAUUUUCUUCUAAGGGCAGCAAUAGCUAACUGGCUAAUGGAGGAUGGAGCUGAAUUGUAUUAAUUUUAUAUUUGUCUCAGGGGAUCAGCUCCAUGAAUUCCAUUGCAUGAGGGAAGCUAAUGUUUGCCCUGAUUCGAAUGUAACUUUUUAAUGUCUUUAAAAAAUAUAUUUUGUUUAAUAAUGUGGAUUUUUCUUUUUCUAGCAUUCUAGUACAUGUUACCUAGUGUGUUGUUUCUUUUUUCCUCUUCAGGGUUGUUUAUAUAUUACCCCAAGGUCAUGCCAAAAAUUAAUAGAAGUUUAAAUGCCAAAUGUUUAUGAAACUGCUGUCUAAAUACUGA